UAAAGCAUACGUAAGCUACGCAUGAGAGUAGCGACACCGUCGUGCAAUCGAGCACUGCCUGACACAGCUGAGGGCAACAGGAAGGCGACAGAGCAGGUAAAAAAAAGGAAUAAUGUAGUCCGUCCCGGCCGGCGUGUGGAAUCCCAUCCGUGUUCUGCGCUCGCUGUGGAAGACCCAGAUGGCUUGGAAGUUGGAACCACUCCCCAGACGCGGCGAAUCGCGACCGAAACUAAGCGGCUGCAGCAAGUCACAUGGUCCUAGCCGACUAUGAUGGUGCCGGCGGCAGCUGCGGCAAUGGAAGAUAGAAUAUCAGCAGAGGUGAAGAAUAUUUCACUCUCUAUGGAAAAGGCUAUUGUGGAGAAGGAAGACCUUACACUGCAGAUUAAUGCCUCACCGAACAUCAACAUAGACGGUGACUGGCGGAAAAAUGAAGUUGCAAUAACAUCUCAUGAGUUCUGGAAGGCCUACAUCAAGAUCAAGAAGUGGAUCAGCCUGAGAGAGAGUCUGGAGGCGGUCCUGGACCAGAGCGACCAGGCCAGCCUGGCCGGCGAGGAGCACCGGGCCGCGCCGGCCCUGCGCGACACCGGCAUGCUGUACUACCUGAGCCAGGUGAAGGCGCUGCUGCAGCAAGGCGGCGGCGGCGGCGGGGGCGGAGGGGCGGACAGCAGGGAGAGCGGCGGCUACACCAUGCUGCACGGCGCGGCGAGCUGGGGCCACCUGCCCGUGGCGGAGCUGCUGCUGCGCCGCGGCGACCCGGUGGACGCGCGCGACAAGCUGGGCGCCACCCCGCUCAUGUGGGCGGCCAUGAACGGCCACCUGGAGGUGGCCGAGCGCCUGGUGCGCGCCGGCGCCAGCCUCACGGCCACGUGCGACGAGCGGCUGACGGCCGCGGACUGGGCGCGCAGGCACUGCCACGCGGCGGUGGAGCAGUACCUCUGCCAGCUGCAGCGCCAGUCGUGAUCCGAGCAUUCACCGCCGACCGGUCAACGUAUUUGCUGAAAUCCCUUCCUUUAACUCAAUUCAUUCAGACAUAACCCGAACAUUAAAAAUUAUACAUAUUGUUUGUACUUGACGUAAUAAAGAAAACACUUUAACAUAUAUUUUUUUCUAUUCAAUUUUAAAUAUAUUUUGUAACAAAACAUUUAAUUACAUAUUGGUUUUGCUAAUUUUGUUUCGGCCAUUUUUUUUUUAAUUUUUAAACUUCACCAGAAACAGAAGAUCCUUUACAACACUGAAUGAUUUCAUAUGUAGACUGUAAAUACCUGAUUUUUUUGAAUGCAUGUGUAGUGAAAAAAAAAAUUAUUUUUUUUUUUUUCAAUCGCAGAUAGCAUCGUAUGUCAGAACUGGCUGUCAUCUGCAAACCGUACCAACAAAUCAUCGAGGAUUUCUGCACCCGUUCUUGUGCUCUUUGGUGAGCCUAAAGCUUUAGAAAAUCCUUUUUCUGAUCUCGUAUAGUGUUUAAAUAAUUUACACUUAACUUAAAUCUUAUUAUAUUUAUAAAUUCUCACGGUGUAUUGGUUUCUUUUUUAAAUAAAUUACUUAAUAUUUAUAUUAGAAGUGAUUAUUUAUGUUUUCGUGUAGAAAAAUAUGAUCGUAGGUCACAUCAUAACAUUCCAUACAUACUUGCAUCACAAACGUGUCAGUUCAUUGUCUUGCGUGAAGAAAAGAUAGAAAUCUAUUAUUUAUUAUCAUCGCACUUACCACUCCAUGUUGUAUAGGCUGAAAAUGCUCAUAUUGUCUACAAGGGUGUGUGUAUAUAUAUAAAUAAAUUUAUAUGUAUAUGCA